CAAAAGGGGUGACCGUGACACUAUAUAAAUGCAUAUUCAUAUAUAAAUGCAUGACAUUUAAACACUGCAUACUGUCCUAGCACCUUUUUCGACUGGAGUGGCUCACACUGAUGUUGAUGAGCUUUCUGUUGAACAUGGGGCGGGAGUGGGAGCCCCUGGCUGAUGUGACUGCUUUUGUUUCUCAGUCUAAGUCAGGAGCAGCGAUGGAAGCAGUAAAAAAGGCCAUUGAUGUUGGGUACCAUCAUAUUGACUGUGCAUUUGUUUAUGAUAACGAGAAUGAAGUGGGCGAAGGCAUACAUCAGAAGAUUCAGGAAGGUGUUGUCAAGCGUGAGGACCUCUUUAUCGUCAGUAAGUUGUGGAACACCUUCCAUGCAAAACACCUGGUGAAGGAGGCAAUUCAGAAGACUCUGAAGGCCCUGAGACUAGACUAUUUAGAUCUGUAUCUUAUUCAUUGGCCCCUGGGAUUCCAGUCUGGUGAAUUGCAAUUUCCACUUGAUGAGAAUAACAAAGUGAUACCAAGUGAUACCAGUUUUAUUGAUACCUGGGAGGCCAUGGAAGAGUUGGUUGAUACUGGAAUGGUUAAAGCCAUAGGAGUCUCCAAUUUCAACCGCAGCCAGAUUGAAAAGAUCCUGAACAAACCAGGACUGAAGUACAAACCUGCGAACAACCAGAUUGAAUGCCACCCAUACCUGACUCAAGAGAAACUGAUCGCCUAUUGCUUUGAAAAACAAAUCUCAGUGACUGCAUACAGCCCACUUGGAUCUCCAGACAGACCAUGGUAUUUGACAAACCUUUUAUUUCUUUUCUCAUGCCACUAAGUCUACUUAUUAUUCAGGAUUUUAUACAAUGGAUCGUUUCCUGAUAAUAUAUAUAUAUAAGAGCAUUAUCUUCUAAGCUAUGCAGCCU